GCCACCACGAGCGCCAUGAGCGGUGCUGUCCGUUCCAAGACUCGUCGCAGCACUGUUCGGUCGGCCGCGUCUCUACCAUACGCGCGUCCCAAACAACAGCCUAUUGUCAAGAAAUCGGCUUGGUCGAUCGCGACUGGUAUUCUUGGGUUCUUCAAUCCACUCCGAUCCAGGACCGCUUCUCCCAGUGAAGAAUCAGAGGAUGAGGACACGGAUGAGUCUGUUGAUGGAAACAGUAUUGGCAAUGAACAACCUGCUCUGAAUCUUUCCCUGCGUGGCCGUCAGGUCAGCUUUGACACUGGCCCAAGAAACGGCUGCUUCGGAACACCGUCUCCAGCAGCAGCAGCACCUGCUUCUUUUCCCGCUGCGCAAUUGCAGAACUAUUCUCUCCCAAACGCGUCGCCGACUAGCGGCCAGAGUAUGGAAAGCAUCUCGACUUAUCUUGAGCAACGGAACGGACAACCUAUCACCCCUCAUCUGACACAGGGAUUGAUAUCCCUCAUUCAGAGUACACCCGUGGAGAAGAACGAGCCGUUUCGCUUCUCCUCUAAUUCUGGUCUCCUCACGAGUUCUCUUCGAGGAAACUCACCCAUCACACCGACGAACGACAUCUUCGGGUUAGCAUCAACCUCUACGUUGCCGACCACGUCUUCUACGAAGACCCUGUCGAGAAAUCCUAAUGGCUCAUAUCGUUGGUCUGGCAGCGGCUCUGCGCGACCCUCGAAAAACCGCUAUGCGUCGCCUGCCUUUGCAGCACCCUCGAGGUCCACGUCUCCGCAUAUCGUGUUUCGCGACAUGCCGUCCUCAACCGUGCAAGCCUCACCCAAGCGUCGCCGACUCGAGACGCCUCCUUCUACGCCACCAGCCGUUCCUCGUUCCGCUGCACCGGCUCCAUCACCUACGCGAACUUCUCAACUUCCCUUCCCGCUGGCCUCGCCGGAUCCGACACCAUCACAGUCUUCGAAAAAUCCCCACUCCCUGGUCCCUAUCACCCCAAGUCGCGCGUCGAUAGUGCCCAAGAGCAUGCCAGUUCAUCCAUCGCCGCUACGCCAGACGUGGGCAAUCUCGCCGACACCGUCCAUCUCUUCGACCGGAUCGUCGCCCACGCAGUCUGGGACCCCCACCAAGGCCGCUACGCUACUGACCGCGAUCAUCAAGGACGCUGAUGCUGAAAUUCCGAAGCACCACCCGGCUGUGCAGAAUCCAUACGAGAAUCCUGCAGUGACGCGUAGGACGAAUACGCAUCGACCUGCAGAACCUAGGCGUCGGACCCGGGCGACCGCGCGAGCGACCCAAAAAGAGAGGGAGAAAGAGAAAGAGAAGGAGGUUGCGAAGGAAGAUGACAAACCUAAGGAUAUUCCCCCCGAGGCCAUCAUCCAAGCGACACUACCCAAGGGCAGCAAACGGGUCAGGGCUCCUCAAGUGAACGGUGGCGCAUCUCUCAGCAGCCUGAGCGCUCCGACGCCUGUCGCUAGCAGGACUGACGCUGAAGACGAGCCCUCAGCCAAACGUUUACGGAUGCCGCCGCCGCCUCCUGUAGUCGUUGCUCCGACUCCCCCGCCGCCAGUAGUGGAGAAACCUAGGACAUCGUCCUUUAUCUCGUUUGCGGAUGCACCACCUCUCGAGGAUGAAAGUCAAGGAAGCGUUUCGAACCCAACUUUCAGUUUGAACGGAAGCGCCAAACGCAGCAAAGCGGGACAGUCCCAGCCAUUCUCAAAGCCUCCGGUGCCUUUGGCAAACUCGGUCAAAGAGCCUUCAAAGCUGCGGUUCUCGUUCGCUGCUGAGUCGCCCUCCCCUGCCGAUUCAGUGUUUGCACCCUUCCAGCCGAAGGAACAGGCGAAACCUGUUGGCCCUACAAACCUGCUUUCGAAUGUACAGGUUCCGUCAAAGCCUGCACCGCCACCCUCUAAUGGGUCUCUGCCGCAGGCAGUGCUGCCGACAAAGGACCCGAAAGCUGUCGCGCUGGACUUGCCAACGACGGCCCUUCCAACGUUUUCUUUCGAGCUUACAAUGAUUGCGCCUAACAACGUGGCAUGCGACUCUGAUGCUCGGGCUGUGGCCAGCUCGUUCAGCGAGAUCGCACUUCCCAAGUUCGAGUUUAAAGUGCCGUCACAACCGGCUGUCAAGGCCAAGGAGCAAGCGGCAGCUCCUGUCGGCUUCAAUUGGGCUGCGGCUGGAGCGAAGCCGCCAACAAAGCCCGUGGGAUGGGAAUGCAAGGAGUGCACUUUGAUCACCAAAGACGUGGACGCUGCUGAGUGCGAGAACUGUGGACAUCCGAGGAUCACUCGUGCAGCACCCAAGGUCGUGGGAUUCGAUUGGUCGGCAGCAGGCAAGCAACCCCCGCCUGCUGUCAAAGCUGGAUCGUGGACGUGUACCACAUGCGGGCUUCAGAAUGGCCCUGAAGUCGUGGACGAGUGCAGCAUCUGUCAGACAGUGCGCAAGUAG